UUCUCAAGUUCGGUAACUUUUUUGCCCAGUAGGCAGGGGCAACUCCUACUCCGACCACGUCAAGUCGAGCGCGCAGCUUCCUCAAUAAGGGUCAUUCUUCAUCACCAAAACAGAGAAUUCAGUCUGACAGAACGUGUUUUCAGUCGAAGGCUCACUACAAAGUAUCAAGUUCAUAUCGAACUAUUGGCACCAACGAAGGGAAAAAACGUUGGCUGAAUAUGUCGUCCAAUUCCAGUUUGACGAACAUGCGUCGACUUGUUGAACAACUGAGGCUCGAAGCCAGCGUAGAAAGAAUUAAAGUGUCUCAAGCUGCUGCAGAACUGCAGCAGUACUGCCUUCAGAAUGCCACUAAAGAUGCCCUCUUGGUCGGAGUGCCAACAGGCAGCAACCCUUUCAGGGAACCACGUUCCUGUUCCCUCCUCUAGACACUCGGCAAUCUCUUCAAGUAUUCCAACACAAAUUGACCAGUGACGACUAUAUGGACCACAGAUGGGAAAAUGUUUUUAUUUCAAAGGAUGGGGGAAAAACAUAUAUUUAUUUAAACAUUUAUUUUGAUACAUUUUUUAAUCCAUGACUGUGAAAGAGUCAUGUUGUUAAGAUUAAUUGGUCAGCUCUCUGAUGUGAGCAUGUUCUGUGUUUUUGGUAACAGACUGAGCGCUCAUACGUGAGCACGUUCUAUGUUUUUGGUUCCAGACGGAAUGCUGGCUCAUUGGAAUAAAUAUCAUUAAUAUGCAAAUAAAUGCAUCAGUGAGAAAUGUUUAUUUAGUCUUCUUUUCUAGAACUGUAAUGAAUUGGAUUAAUUAUAUUCUGCUCUCACAUUAUGUUAAGAGGACCAAGAUGCAACGUUAGCUUUUUAUUUAAUAAAAGAUUUAGAGGAGGGAUUGAGUUGGUGAACAUUGUUGGAAUGGUGAUAAACAACUAUGGAACUUUUAUUGGCUAACGGCAGACUUUACUGGUCUAGUCUUUGUGUCUGUGCUUUCCAGGAACUCAGAAGAAUGUGAUCUUUUAAAAUCAAUUCAAGUAGUUUUGCAGUUCUUCUACCCAGUUCUUCUACCCAGUGUGAAAAUAUGAAAAGUAGCAACUACAGAGGAAACCCAAAUAAAAUCCUAUAUGUUAUUUAUGUCAUGGCAAUUGUUUUAUUGUUUGCCACUGCACAGUUGAUGAGGGCCAAAACUUUCUAAUGACACAAAUUGUAUUGGUUGUGUAUAAGAGAAUAGUGUAAUUAUAUGCUGGAAAUAUGACGAUGCCAGAAUGUGUAUUUGAUCAGUGCAGCAAAGGUUGUGCUGCUUUUCUAACAAAUAAGAUGUAAACAAGAUGUUGCAGCCAAUAAAACAGUUUGUAAUUUUCUCCAA